AUGUUUUCGCUCAUCAGCAAAGAACGACGCCAAAGUCGAGCAUUUGUAGCGUUCGUCAUUUAUAUAUCACUGUAUCUGGAUAAUAUGUUGCUUACAGUGAUUGUUCCAAUACUUCCUGAUUAUUUAGUGCAUUUCUAUUCCAAUACAAAUGCGACCAUUAUUAUUCCAAAAAGUGUGAUGUACAAACAUUUUGACCUUCACUAUGUUCCAAAACUGAUGGGUGCUACAUCUGGACACGUUUCUUUAAAUAACCUAACAACAACGGAUCAAUCAAUUCCACUUGAAUCCGAAAAUGGCUCAAUUGGUAUUCUGUUAGCUGUUAAGGCUCUUGUGCAGCUACUGUUUAAUCCAAUUGUUGGCAAUGUUUCGACCAAGAUAGGAUACAGCAUUCCGAUAUCGUUUGGAACGUUCAACCUGCUAUUAGCUUCGAUGAUCUUCGCGUUUGGUCAAUCGUAUGCGUCCUUAUUUAUAGCAAGAGCCAUCCACGGGGUUGGAUCUGCGUGUAUUUGUGUAUGUGGAAUGAGCCUUGUUGCUCAACUGUAUACAGAACCGGAUAAGAGAUCAAGGAUAAUGGGUACAAUUAUGGGCAGCAUUGCUGUAGGCGUUCUAGUUGGAUAUCCAUUUGGCGGAAUUGCAUACGACAUUCUUGGGAAGGCUGCUCCAUUCCAUAUACUUUCGAUUCUUUGCCUAGUGAUAUUACUGACACAAUUUUACAGUUUGGAUUUUGUAACACGACAUAAGACAUCAUCCAUAGUGUCUGGUGAUGAACGUUCCAAAUGGUGGCCGCUCUUGACGAACAAAAUGAUACUUAUAAUAAUCGGUGGAAUUUGGAUAUCUACUUCAGCCAUGUCCAUUUUGGAACCUUGUUUACCCUUGUGGAUGAUGAACGUAUUACAUCCGAAAAAAUGGCAGCUGGGAACUGUAUUUAUUCCGGAUUCCGUUGGAUAUUGGAUUGGAACUAAUUUUUUUGGAGGAAUUGCGUACAAAUUUGGACAAAUCAAAAUUGCAAUUUUGGCAGUGACCUCGGUCGGCAUAUCUUGCAUUAUAAUACCAUCUGCAACGACCGUUUUAGGCCUUCUUUUGCCACAUUUUGGACUUGGACUGGGAAUUGGUGUAAUAGACGCUGCACUGAUUCCUCUACUAGCUACCAUUGUGGACAAUCAAUGUACUAGCGACAACGAAAGUGACAUAUGUGAAUCAACUCCAAAUUAUGGGGCAGUAUACGCUAUUCAACAAAUCGCAGUUAGUCUUGCCUAUUCCUUAGCUCCAAUCGUAGGUGGUGAGUUAGUGCCUUUGAUUGGCUUUUCAUGGUUGAUGAGAAUCAUUGGAAUAUUAAACCUGAUGUAUGGACCAUUCCUGGUUUAUUUUGGUACAAAGGAACCAGUUUGUAACAUGAUGCAUAAACAGUGCGGAAUACCCCUUACAUUGCCGGAUCUAUCAAGCUCAGAGGGAGGUUAUAAGCGUUUCUAUAACACCGUCGAAUAA